GUGUGCAUGCGUGCAGCUCAUGUCCGCCAUUGUUUCCCUUGUGGAGCGGACUUUCCCGCGCGUAUUAGGCCCCGCCCACAGGCUCGGGAUUUCCGCAUGCUUGAGAAGUUUCUCGGAUUUAUAUGUGAACACUACACGCCCGUACCAGCCCAAGCUCACGCCAUCCAGAUGUUCAACAGCUGGUGCUGGUUAAAGAAGAAGCUCCUGAAUAACAGAGUGCUGGUGACAUUCAGCAGGACCCAGAACACCUCCAUAUAAAGGAGGAAAAGGAGCAACUCUGGAGCAGUCAGGAAGGAGAGCAUCUCCAUUUGAAAGAGGAGCCUGAUGCUGCCAGCUUUCCAUUCACUGUUGUUUCUAUUAAAAAUGAGGAUGAUGAACAGAAACAUCUGGUCUCACAGCUUCAUCAGCAGCAAGUAGAAGACAGAUGUUCCAACCAGCAGCUCAGUUGACCAGAUGACAGCAGAAACUGGUGGAGUAGCAGGAACUAACAGGAAUCCUCAUGAACAGACAUCUGAUUCUUCAGAGACUGAAGUUAGUAAUGAUGGUGUGGAGGAUGAUGAUGAUGUGACUCUAGGCUCUGAGCUGUCAGACUCUAGGCCUGAAACUGGAGACAGAGACAAUGACUGGAUUGAGAACAGGUCUUCCGAGUCAGAUGUCAAGACUGUCAACAAGUCUUUUAGCUGCCAUGAGGGCGGUAAACAGUUUGUCCACAAGUGGUCUCUCCAGAAACACGUGAGAGUGACAAGUUGUUCAGCAGUAAGGUCCUCAGAAUUUCUGCUUAAUAAGAAAUGUGCCAGAGUUAAGAAACAUGUAGACUCAUGUAGGAAAGUCCAGGAAGAACUAAACUCAAUAAGUUGUGACGACUGUGGAAAUAAGUUUAGUGUAAAGUCAACUUUAAACAGACACAUGAGAGUCCACACAGGGCUCAAUGAACUCAUUUAACUACACAAAUACCAAAAUGAUCAUUGUAGUAUCUAGAUCCUAGAUAGUAUUGCAACCCUGGUUGUUGUCCUAUACCCUAGAUCAGGGUCUUUUCCAGACCAUGAGCCACCUCUCCCUGUCCUGCAAGCCCCAUAUUGAGGCCACUAAGCUGUAAAUGUUUCCAUCAAGAGGUGGCUCAGUAUUGUUACACAAUGAUGAGCUGCUGACCUAAGGUUUCACUUUUGGAGUGUUGCUGAAAAGUAUAGAAUGCCAUUCAACGCUUAAUCCGCCUAGCCUGCUGGUGGUGGUCAGAGGGAUCGGUGGCAUCAGUGUAAAACACUUACACUCUGCUUCUCCUCCAGCUUCACUGGCUGCCAGACAACUUCAGGGUUCAUUUAAAGAUCCUGGUUCUGGUCUAUAGGGCCUUACAUGGACAAGCACCAUCUUACAUUGGUGAUCUUCUUAGUCCCUACACCCCCAGCAGGUCCCUGAGGUCCAGUGACCAAAGCCUACUGGUUGUGCAGCACCAGGCUAAAGGUCAAAGGUGACAGAUCAUCUGCUGCUGUGGCCCCCAGACUCUGGACCUCUCUCCCCCUGAGCCUGAGAUCAGUGGACUCAGAGGUCUCCUUUA